AUGAACCAUGCGGAUCACGACGUUCACGCUAAUAAAUUGGCGCCCGCAAAGCAACAAGGGAACACCGGUGUUUACAUGAAUAUCGUCCCGGUGACAGUAACUGCUGGCAACAGGGCUUUUAAUACAUACGCUCUUUUGGACUGUGCUUCUACAACCACCAUGUGUAGUGUGAAAUUGAUGAACAAAUUAAAUCUAACCGGAGUGCCUAUAGAUGUUACAUUGCAAACUGUUGGUAAUCGUCCCAAAUGUGUUAAAGCAAAGAAGUUGUCCCCUCUACUCGUUAAAGAAAUUGACGGACAUGACGAUUGCAUUGAAUUGCCUAAUGUAUUGUGCGUCAGUAACUUGCCCAUAAAGCCCAAUAAGCUACCCUCGCGCAGUUCCUUGCGUAAGCUAUCCUAUUUGUCUGAUAUCGACUUUCCUCGAAUACACGACGGUGAAGUGACUUUGCUGAUAGGAGCGGAUGUUCCCGAAGUGUUUGUGUGGGAGGAAUUUAGAAAGGGUCGGAGUCAACAGUCGAUUGCGGUAAAAACCCCUCUGGGUUGGUCUCUUAUGGGUCCGUCUCUGACCGUCUAUGAAAACACUUCCAUUAAUUUUGUUGAUACAAAUCCUUUGGCGUCGCAGAUUGAGCGACUUUGGCGUACGGAUUUUGCUGACGUCCCCAGUAUUUGUGACACUAAAACUUCCCGCGAAGAUAGAAUAGCGCGUAGUUGCAUGGAAGACAAACUCAAAUUUGUUGAUGGACAUUACAAACUACCUUUAUUGUGGAAAAUCAAUCAUCGCGAGUUACCAUGUAAUCAGAAACUGGCGGAGAAUCGCCUUCGUCAGUUAAAGCGACGUCUUUUAAAAGAUGACACAUUGCGCCAAAAAUAUAUUCAGACAAUGAAUGAUUAUGUUGAUAAAGGAUACGCUCGUAUAGCUGACAGUCCUAGGUCGCCGAACAUCUAUCCAACAAAAUGGUUAUUGCCACAUCAUCCUGUGAUAAACCCAAAGAAACCAGACAAACUUAGAAUCGUCUUUGAUUGCGCGUCCAAGUCCGAGGGUUUGUCGUUGAAUGAUGCGCUUAUGAGUGGCCCAGACCUUGUUAAUAGUUUGGUUGGUGUACUAACCCGAUUUCGAAGGAAAAACAUCGCGAUUAUCGCUGAUAUUGAAUCAAUGUUCCAUCAGAUUAGAGUGAAACCGGAGGAUCGGGCCUUUCUAAGAUUUUUGUGGUGGGUCGAUGGAGAUUUAUCUACACAGCCAGUCGAACAUGAAAUGACUGUGCAUUUGUUUGGUGCUUCGUCAUCACCUAGUUGUGCUGCAUUUUGUCUGUUGCAAACAGCGAAAGACUUCGGCGCGGAAUACGAUUCCAAGAUUUUAGAAAUUGUUAAACGAGACUUCUAUGUUGAUGACUGUUUGUCCAGUUGCAAAAAUGAUAACGAUGCUGUUUCGACGGUGAUGCAGCUACGUUCCUUGUUGAGUAAAGGAGGGUUUAAACUUACGAAAUGGAUGUCCAAUAGUAAGGUUGUUUUGAAUAGUUUGCCGGAAAGCGAGCGUUGUAAGCAACUGCGAAGUCGUGUCUUGGACGACGGUGUGUCUAAUCGCAUUCUAGGCGUGUAUUGGAGCGCAUUGAGCGAUGAAUUCGGGUGCAAGAUUGAUAUUCCCGAUCGAGAGUUUACUCGGCGAGGUAUUUUGUCCGCGUUAAGCUCGUUAUUUGAUCCCCUUGGAUUUUGGGCUCCUGUCACGUUGACUGCUAAGUUGUUGCUACAGGAUCUAUGCCGUAAGAAGAUCGGCUGGGACGACCCUGUAUGUGAACGUGAUGCAAAUAGCUGGGCCAAUUGGUUGAACCAAAUUCAUCUAUUGGAAAACCUGAAAAUUUGUCGCUGUCUUGAACCGCUUGACUUUGGACGCGUCAGUCGAAGUGACGUACAUAUUUUUGCAGACGCAUCGAAUAACGGAUACAGCGCCGUUGCAUAUCUGCGUCUGAUUGACGAACAUUCUAGAGUUCAUUGCGCUUUCCUGAUGGGUAAAUCUAGACUAGCUCCAAUUAAACCCGUAUCAGUGCCUCGUUUGGAGUUAACUGCGGCGGUUUUAGCCGUGAGAUUGGGAGCAAUAAUCAGAAAAGAGCUAGACCUUUCACUAAGACAGUGCGUCUUUUGGGCGGAUUCAACUGCCAUACUACAGAGUAUUCGUAACUCUUCGAAACGGUUUACAACGUUUGUUGCUAACCGACUAACUACGAUCGAGCAGAAUUGUGAUAUUUCAAAUUGGCGCUACGUUCCAACUAAAUUAAAUCCAGCCGAUGAUGGUUCGAGAGGAGUUUCUGUAGAUAGAUUUCUUAAUCGGGAUCGCUGGCUGCGUGGUCCGGAUUUUUUAUGGUUGGAUGAAAGGGAUUGGCCUAUUGACCCUGUUAGUAUGCCGGAUCCGCCACUGGAAUUUCAACCUUCCGAGCAUAUUCCCGUGCAAAUUAACUUAACUGACUGCUUGAACGAAAAUUCUGAAACUGUUUCGGCUACCGAUCGUUUAAUUCAAAGAUACUCUAGUUGGACUCGCUUGUGCAGAGCCACAGCUUGGCUUAUGCGAUACAAGUUGUUUCUGCUCAUGCGGAUAUCUAAGACUGCAAACAACCCCAAUGUUGGUCCUUUGACGUUAAGCGAGCUCAGGUUUUCGGAGACGCAACUUGUGAAAUACGUGCAGUGGCAGAUGUUUCCGAAGGUUAUGGAGAUGCUGGGUUGGGGGUAUGUUACGUUGUAA